CUUUUCCGGUCCUAGGUAAUUAAGUGAUGUUAUUACGGCAAAUCGUCUCUGCACAUAUAUAUGCAAUAAAGUGGAAGCAGGGUACCUUGAGCUGCCUUGUGCAAACUCUUUCCCCUUCCCUUUACAUCGCCCUUCACUCUCUACUAGACUGUUGGCGCUCUGCAGUCUCCACCGACCCCGCCUCCGCCGUCACGUCGCAGGCAGCGCAGCCCGGGUUCAACCAUUCAACCUCGUCGCAAGAGAAAACGAAUGCGGCCCUCCGAACACGUGUCGCGUUCGGAGUUGGGCGGUCCUGAGCGGGGACUCCGUGAGACAGAAGGGCGCGCUCAAAGUCCGAGCCCAUCCUACACUGGCUCAUACGGAUAUGGAGAUGACGACGACGAUGAGGCCGAAGACGAAGAAUAUGCACUAGAGUCUGAUCGUGGUUCAGCCGCUGAACGCUUCGGUCUCGAACCGACCCCAGCGAGUGCGAGCGCUGUUCCAGCGCCUCAACAGAAACCAAAGCGCACGCGUCAGCUCACGACGCCCCAACAAGCCGCUGUGCUCCAUGCUCUCCUUGCGCAGUCCAGAUUUCCGACAACUGCUAUGCGUGAGGAAGUCGGCAGACAGAUAGGCCUUAGCGCCCGCAAGGUACAAGUUUGGUUUCAGAACCAGCGACAGAAAGCUCGCAAAGAGAGCAAGGAGGCGGCUGCGCAAGCCGCUGCUGGGGCAGCUCCUCGUGAGAGUCGACCUCCUCAGUUCUCGUCUUUUCCGAAUGCACCGCCUGGUGGUAUCGGAGCGCCUAGCCAAGCCUUUCCAGAGCCUACUUCAGCUGCAGGGCCUCGGACGAGCAUUAGGCGUCCUGAGGCACCUCCUUCUCGUCGUGCAUCCGAGCCGUCCUUCGAUAUUCGCCCUACUUCAAGCGUGGUAUCAAUUCGAAGGUCGUCUGGGGAUGAUUUGACGGGUCCUGGUGUCCCCGGAGCGGGCGUGGCAAUUGAACCUUUCCCACAACCAUCGUGUCUCCCAUCUGCUUCGUCUACGCAACUCAAUCGUCCUUUAUCCCCGCAGCAGGGUCUUCGUUUACCACCGGUACACACUAUUACUCCUCCUCUCCCCCCAAUCGGCCGCCGCGAGGGACAUGCUGCUGUCCCGGCCAUUCAUCAGACUGAGCGUAUUGAAGAACAUCCAUCGCCACGUUCUCUUCGUCUUCCUCCCAUACAACUCGGCCCCCAUAACGGCCGUCACCGCUCGUUUGAACAAGGUUCGGAUGUCAUACAAAUGGCAUCUGGGCGCUCCCAUAUACCCAUUUCGUCUCGUGCCGCUUAUUCUAGCCCUUCUGCUUAUCACCCACCUCGAACUGCUGGUGUUGGUCCUACAUUUUCUCUAGGAAGAGCUGAGACACCGCCUGUCUCAAUGGCUCCUCGACAUAUACCCCCACCUUUUACACUUGAGCCUAAUCCAGAAUGGCAGCCAUCCUCGAGUGCAGCUUUCGCAGCCCGCACGCGCACACAAUCCGGUCCUGUAACAUAUGCCACGCCAAGCUCAGGCCCUUCUAGGCAGCGCCCGACCGGUGACGAGACUUCUAUGAUCGAGAGUCGCAUGCGGUCGACGCCAGCUCGCACUACGCGCUUCGAUCCCGUGCGGAACACCGAAGUUCCCCCACCAAGCCAACACACGCGUCCCUCUUCGCUAUCAUUCCUUUCGUUCGGAGUUCCCACUUUCCGCCUUCGUAAACUGAUAUAG